UGUUUUUCCACUCAGCAGGAUGGGUGAUGCUCAGUGCUCCCUCAUUAGAGAACAGACACGAGAGGUCAGGAAGAAAGCGCUUAUAAAUUACCGUUUCCUCCCUCGCAGCCCGCUUAGUCCGCCUUGCCGCUCUCCCCAGGACACAUAGGACAGACCCACGGACAGCUAAGACGCUGGACAGCUACCUGGUCAGAGAGGAGCGACUGCUGCAGGAAGAGAAAAUCCAUUCUGGAGAGACUCUUCUUCAUUGCCUCACCCUAUGGAGAAACCAGCACUGCCCAUCCGCAUUGAGGAGGGGAUAGACGUUCCAACUGAAAACAAAAACAUGGCAACAAAGGAGAAGCUGCAGUGUUUGAAAGAUUUCCACAAGGACAUUCUGAAGCCUUCCCCUGGCAAGAGCCCUGGGACACGGCCUGAGGAUGAAGCAGAGGGAAAGCCACCACAGCGUGAGAAGUGGGCCAGCAAGAUUGAUUUUCUGUUGUCUGUGGCUGGAGGAUUUAUUGGUUUAGGCAACGUUUGGCGGUUUCCGUAUCUCUGCUAUAAAAAUGGCGGAGGUGCAUUUCUCAUACCUUAUUUCAUUUUUCUGUUCGGGGGAGGUCUUCCUGUGUUUUUCCUGGAGGUGGCACUAGGACAGUAUACCUCUGAAGGAGGAAUUACGUGCUGGGAAAAGAUCUGCCCUAUUUUCACCGGAAUAGGUUAUGCUUCCAUCGUGAUUGUGUCACUUCUGAAUGUGUAUUACAUCGUCAUCCUGGCUUGGGGACUGUAUUAUCUAUUCCAGUCAUUUACGAGUGUCCUGCCUUGGGCUCACUGUCACCAAGAGUGGAACAAAGAAACCUGUGUGGAAGACACUCUCAGGAAGAACAAAACGCUCUGGAUAGCACUGAAUAAUACCACUAACUUCACUUCUCCUGUCACAGAGUUUUGGGAACGGAAUGUACUGAGCUUGUCUUCAGGAAUUGAUGACCUGGGUGUUGUCAAGUGGGACCUGGCUCUUUGUCUCCUUCUUGUCUGGGUGAUAUGUUUCUUUUGCAUUUGGAAAGGUGUCAAGUCAACUGGGAAAGUUGUGUACAUAACAGCAACGUUCCCAUUCGUCAUGCUUCUUGUACUGCUAAUCCGUGGUGUCACUUUACCUGGAGCUGCAGAAGGCAUUAAGUUUUAUCUUUACCCUAACAUCUCUCGGCUAGCAGAUCCACAGGUCUGGAUAGAUGCCGGGACACAGAUCUUCUUCUCCUAUGCAAUCUGCUUAGGUGCAAUGACUUCCUUGGGGAGCUACAACAAAUACAAAUACAACUGCUAUAGGGACUGUUUGCUGCUGGGAUGCCUGAACAGUGGUACCAGUUUUGUGUCUGGCUUCGCAAUUUUUUCCGUCCUGGGCUUCAUGGCACAAGAGCAAGGGGUGAACAUUGCUGAUGUGGCAGAGUCAGGUCCAGGCCUGGCCUUUAUUGCCUACCCCAAAGCUGUGUCUAUGAUGCCACUGCCAACUUUUUGGGCUAUUCUUUUUUUUAUUAUGCUUCUGUUGCUUGGCCUGGAUAGCCAGUUUGUUGAAGUUGAAGGACAGAUCACAUCGUUAGUUGAUCUGUACCCAUCCUUCCUAAGGAAGGGUUACCGGCGGGAAAUCUUCAUUGCUAUAGUGUGUUUCCUCAGCUAUCUUCUGGGACUAACUAUGGUGACUGAAGGUGGCAUGUAUGUGUUUCAACUCUUUGACUACUAUGCAGCUAGUGGUGUAUGCCUUUUGUGGGUUGCAUUCUUUGAAUGCAUUGCUGUAGCCUGGGUUUAUGGCGCUGACAAUAUGUAUGAUGCCAUAGAAGAUAUGAUUGGUUACAGGCCCGGGCCCUGGAUGAAAUGGAGCUGGAUUAUAGUCACACCAGUUCUCUGUGUGGGGUGCUUUAUCUUUUCCUUGGCCAAGUAUACACCGCUGACCUACAACAAGGUGUACAUAUACCCUGACUGGGCAAUCGGCCUGGGCUGGGUUCUUGCCCUCUCUUCUAUGAUCUGCAUCCCGCUUGUUAUGGUCAUCCGUAUUAUACAGUCAGAUGGCUCUCUCAUUGAGAGAGUGAAGGCAGUGGCUGCCCCUCGAGAGGUCAACCGGUGGGCCAGGGAAUCCGAAAGUGCUGCCCCGUUCUGCCCUGCUGGAAUGGCCAACGGUGGACUGAUCAAGCCAACUCAUAUCAUCGUGGAGACUAUGAUGUGAGCUCUCUCUGUGAGAGGAAGACGCCUGCUUUAAAACUGCCGUUUACUAACCAUAGAAUCUCUCAUAGGACCAGGUUUACAGAGCUUUAUAUUUGCACUAGGAUUUAUUUUUAUUUCUCACAGAGAAAGUUAUUUUUUGUGUGUUUGGUUUUUAUUUUUUAAUAUUUUGUAAAGUAAAAUCACAGUGAACGCCUCUUGCUCUAUUUAGAGGCAGGGUUUUCAUAUCAAAUUAGGCACAUUACAGGAAUUUGCUUUAUUUCCCCCCACACAACAUAUCUGUCUAACUCCUAUUCAAGUUACCUUGCCACUUGAGUUGAUUUCCUUGCCAGCAGUACACACACAGACACAAAUAUAUGCAUAUACAAGUCUCAGAUAACUUUAGGUGCUGGUGAGGCUGGGAACAGGGUAAAGCUAAAACUUACAAAAAGCAACUCUCUCACUGGAGGAUUUGCUUUGGGUUUUCUUUUUAAAUGCAUAUGUUGUUUUGAAGAAACUGGUUUUCAAAGGUGUAGCACUAUCUUCCUCUGGUUCAAGUAGAGAGAAUUACAACGGGAAAAGGGUACAUGCUUUUAUGCUUGCUGUAGUCCAUGUAAGAAUAUAUAUAUAUAUAUAUAUAUAUGUACCGUGUGCAUGUAAUUGGAAAAGCUGCAAUAUAGGGUGGGAAUUGAGUGCAGUUAGGAACCAAGGGAACAAUCCAAGCAACAACCAUCUCUGAGUACAGUGCAUGUGUAAAUGGUCUGUAAGAGGGUGGCAGAAUCACUCUCGCUUGGGAGACAUUUUGUUAGUUAUUACCCUCUUGGGCCACUUUAGUACUCUCCUGUGCCUGAUAACAUACUAGCACAGGAAAGAUUUACACUCAUGGAGAAAGGUUUCCUUAGCCUUCUUCAGACACUAUACAAAGCUGCUGUAUGCGAGUACAACACCUAAAAUGGGUCCAGAAGUCCCACCCUGUCCCUGUCAGUCAUUUGCAGCAGCACGCUGCUCACAGGUAAGCGGGCGUUGGUCUCAAGAGGUGAACGCCGUAUCCAUGAUGGUGGGUGCUUCUGUGAUCGGAGACACGGGCCUGCACCUUUCAAUCACCGAAGCACCAACCAUCACAGAUACAGCGUCCACCUCAUCAGACCAAUGCCCACUUAUCCGCAAAUAACUGAUGAAGAAAGAGCAAGACUUCUGUCCCCAUUUUAGAUGCUGUACUCAUGUACAGCAUCUUUAAAUGACUUCUGAACAGGGCUCUUGAGAAGCCAGAAUGUGUUGGAACCUUUUCCGCAUUACCUUUUGAGACAUGGGAGUGACUUGACAGAUCACUCAAGUGACAGAUUACCAUGUGGGAAGUGGCCCACUUUUUGUAGGCUGUACUCGAGACAUGAACUGGUUUUGACUUGAAUUUUCUUAGAACACUAGGUUGAUGUCAAAGAGUGCAUAUAAAAGUGCAUUUACAAAGAUACUGCAAAAGUGCUGUGCAAUUCUAAUAUUUUGUUUAAAUUCCCCAAAUCUGCCAAAAUUUAUCCUUAUCAGGACAAAGAAAGGAUUGUUGGGUCUGUAUCAUGCAAGGCAGAGCAGGCGUGUAUCGUUCAUUCCAGAUCAGGAAAUGGCUUCUGGAACCACUGCAGAUGGCGCAUUUGCAGGCACAUUUGGAGGAGUACAGAUGAGAGAGAGAGAGACUUAGUUCCUGAUCUUUACAAGCAUAAGUAAAAGUCAUCGCUGGUAUCAGACUAAGAUGAGGAAGCACAAGAAGAAGUAAGCUACAAAGGCAUUUUAGUUUGGAUGAGGAGUGAAACACCUGGAAAAGAUUUCUAUCAGUAAACAAAGUAUUAAGAACUUCCCAAAUCCACUUAAGCUCAGAAAUAAGGAUUUGCUACUGGAAAACGCACCUCAAAUCUGGCCAGGUCUAUUAUCCUCCUCAUUCUUGGCUGAAUAAUGGCUCUAUCCCCUUUCACAUGGGCAUUGAUUAAAGGGUAUUGGCACUAAAGAGAACAUGGGCAGGAUUAGAAGCCAGAAAUGGCAGCAAAGCCUUCACCUGCAUAUCUAUUGCCAGUUUAAUCUGUCAGUGACAGAUAAUGUAGUUUAAACUGGAAGCUAGCCAGUAUUCAGACAUUCCUAAAUGCAUUUUUUUUAGACAAAUUAGUGUUUGUGUGUAUAUUUGAUUCUUUCAUUGGCCACUGCACAUUGAUUAUGUACAUGCUUGCUAAGUCAUGCCAGUUUUAAUAUGAAAUGGAAGGGACAACUUCAAAACAAGAAAAGGACCAAAGCUCAGCUGUUUCAAAUAUUUUGUAAAGCUGACGUUUUUGUAGGUGGAUUCUGUGAUUUAUUUUCAAGUCAGAGGACUGAGCUUUCAGUAACACAAGUGGCCAAGGUCAGGGUGCUUUUGUUUUCCAGUUACCGUCCUAUUAUGAGAGCUCUAAAUCAAUCUCUGAAUACAUGUUGACAAAAUAGUGUCUUUGCAUCAAAUCCUGGCCCAGUGGAAAUGGUUAUCUUCCUGCUGGAUAAUGGCCAGUAAACAUGUUAACCAGGAAAAGCAAGGAAGUGGCGGGAAAACUGUCCUUUCCCUUACAUUGUGCUUGGUCUGUAUGGCAUCUGUAGUCCAAAAUAAAUCACCAGUUUAACUCAGUAAAGCACAGAUCAGACUUUUAAUCUUCCAUACCAGUGGGGCAGUCAGAGGCAGAUACGAAAAGUUAAUUCCCUUGACUUUCCUGGUGCAUGUUGUAUUAAAGACAGUGGCUGACAUGAAGUGCAGCCUUCCAUCACCGGACGGCUCUCUUCCAAGGCCGCUGCAGAUGGACAGGCAGCCACUGUUAAGACUGGUUGGCUGUGCAAGCAGCACAGCUGCAGUUAUUCCCAUUCGCCACAAUGGAGAUAACUGCAGUAGUGCAGCCUGUGCGGCCACUCAGUAGCAUGGGGGUUGCCUGCACAUCCGCACCAGAGCACUGCACAUCAUGUCAGCCAGUGAAAUAUUUUGAUACAGAAAUUAGUUCAGGAUUUCAAGCUGGUGAGCCAGGUGCAGGUAUCUCAACAAGCAUAUACUUCAUGCAUAUAUUGUAGGUAGAUGACUUUCUAGAAGAAACCAGAGAAUCAGACUUGCACCUUUAGAGUUCCAGUUAAGGAAGAUUAGAACCCAGCCCAUUUUGCUGUGCCACUAGAAUCAGUUGCUUCCAUGUUGAGAGUGAAAGAGUUAUUUGCACAUGCACACAGUGACCUUAAAAGGUACUCUGGAUAGUUAGCUUGACUGAAAAAAGUAAAGCCUGGAUCAAGUUGUCAUGUUCAAAACAAGAUUCAGCCCAUCAUCCCUAGGGUUUCUGUUCCACAUUUUCAUGUCUCAAGAUUUCUGAAUAAUAGAAUGUGGUUAAUCUGAAUGUCAACAGCAGAUUCUGCCAAAUUAAAGGGGUGGGGUGGGGGUGGGGGUGGAGGUGGGGAGGGGAAACGUUGUAAACAACUGUUUGUAUUUUCUACUUAUUUAUGAUUGCAAAAAACUGAUUGUUUUUCUAAUUUACUUUGUAGAACUUUGUGGCCUAUUUUAUCUUGUCAUUUGUAACUGAGAAGUUAAAUAUUCAGUAUUGUGAUUAAUUGUUGGUGAACUGGUUUGGAUACUGUGAGGGGGGAGUGGGGAGAGGGUGGAACAACAUAGAUAUUCAAAGAAAUACAUUUCCCCUAAAAAUGGGGGUGGGGAGAAAUGUACCUUUUGUGCUUUUCAAGUUCCAUCAUGGGUUUGGAAAAGUGACAUGUUUUAAAGCUAUUUUCUGGGUUUGGAAGAAGUCCAGAAAUGUUAAUGGAAGUAGCAAGGUACGCAUUCUGCAGUCCAGUUAAGGUCAAUUGGGCAUACACUUCUCCACCGCCAUCAUUUCCAGGUCUGGCUCAAAACAAAGCCAGUUUCCAGAAUUGUCUGGAAGCUUGUGCUCUUCUUCUAAACAGACCUUCCAGAUUUUCAGCAUUCAUUCAUUCAGUGAUCUCAUGAUCUCAUCAGGUGGUAUUAGUUAGUAAUGAUAUGGCCAAUACUGCACAUCUUUAGUAUUUAUACUACAAACAAAAAAGGAAAAGGAAAUUGUUUGCAAAGUUGAGUUCAUGCUCAUUAUUUGCCUCUUGCUCUAAAUCUUUGUACUUGAUUCUGCUCCAAUUUGACUCACAAGGCAGAAUAAAAAUCAGAGCAUCUGCAGCAGAGACCCACAGUAUCUUAUAGCUAACUUUGAAAAUAACCGAAAGCCGGAUCUUUGUGCAGCAGCAAGGCAGAGGAGGUGGAUGGAAGUGUGAGGCAGCUGGAGGACAGGUGCAGUUCCAAAGGAAGGAAAGCAGCAACUCGUGAGUGCAGUGACUCCACUGAAGGGCCCGACAUGCACGCAUUCCCUAUGGAAACCAAUGCUUAAGGGUGGUGGUGGACAUGACAAGGAAAAUUGUAAAGCACAUAGAGCCUUUGGAGGCAGUAUAUAAAAUAAACAUUAAAUAGAUACUCAAAGUAGGCCCAUUGACAUCUUCCUCAUCGUGUCAGCCUCAGUGUAUGCCUUAGAGUGUGAUCCUAUCCACGUCUACUUGGAAGCAUAAGAACAGCCCUGCUGGAUCAGGCCCAAGGCCCAUCGAGUCCAGUGUCCUGUUUCACACAGUGGCCCAUCAGGUGCCGCUGGGAAGCCCACAGGCAACAGCUGAGCAAGUCCAACUGAAUUCAGUGGGCAUGCUUCUGAAUAAAUGUGCAUAGGAUAUCUUGCUCCCAAAUGCUUUUAGAUUUAAAGCAGCAAGAAUUUUUUUCAGCUAUCAUUGCCUGUUAAUCAGCCAUAUGAUACUGAGCAGAUGUACAGUUUUCAUGGCCUGCUUUGAGAAUACUUGAACUCAGUACACUAGUUUUCAUCCCCUUUUCUCUAUGGUGUUUUUAAUAUGUCUGUGGUUGCUACAGACCGAGUCCCUAGUAUAAAUCAAUGGUGAUUUCCAUGCUCUGUUGAGUAAAGCAUAGAGACCAAUGAAACUGUGCUGAGCAGAAGAUCGAAUACACUUCCAAAGACGACAGCAUUCCUACCAAGGCAAAACUGCUAUUGAAUAUUAUUCUUUCAAUAGUGACUAACCCCAGGAUCAAAUUAAUUAGAUGUUCUUCCCUACAGGGGAAAGUAUGAAGGUGUUUCAUUCUGUACACUUAUUUUUACAGAAACGAAACUGUAUUGACUUGCUUGGUCCUUUCCAAGAUCUGUGCUGUAGAAUAAAACAGAAAAUGUUGGAAUAAUCCUCCCAUACGGAAACUCAGAUGCCACCUGUUUGGAUUGAAGGCAAGCUUCAAAUCCAAGAACAGCCCCAGUUCUCUAUCACACCAUGGGCCAAAUGUUCAGUUUCAGAUCCCAAUAUGUGAACCUCCAAAAUCUGUUCAGAGCUAAAGUGCAGCUCUUCUACAGCAGGAAUUCAAAGCCUUGUAUAGCUGAUUAAGAAUAUUGAUAAGCAGCAGGCAACGAGAGUUUGGAAGUCACCAGAACAUGACCUUUGUCGUCCUAUAUUGGUCUGCUUAAAUCUAAAGUGCAGACAGUCCUAAUUGCGCUAAUCACUUGGCAGGAAGAAUGUAAUUUUAGACUAGCACAUGUCAGUUUUACAAUUCCAUCUUUGAGCAGGCUUUAGUAUAUUCCACCUGUCUCUGUCCAACUCUAUCCUCCCAUUUGAAAGCAACUGCUGGCAACCCAGGUUGCAAUUUAAUUAAGCCAAAGGGCUUAAUUUAAGCCAAUUCGGCCUCACUGGCUCCAGUGGUACUAUAUUCAUACAAGUCCAGGCCUUCUUGCAUAAGUAGGCUGUAGAGCAGGCUGUUGGUUGCCUAGUAGUACUUCAUGGACUUUACAGAAUCAGGAACAUAAACAUCAGUGAUGAAGCAUGCUUGUCUCUGUUGUGGGGAAAAUGCAGCCAUUCACUUCAAAUGCUAAUCCUAGGAAUUCUUCUGAGACACACACUAAUGGAGGCAUAUGAGUUCACAUAAUUAAAUUUAGAUUUUCAAAAAUUAGCAUAAAUAUUUGGAUUUAUUUUUUCAGAAAAGAACAGUUUCUUUACAGAAUGAAAAGCAACCAGUCGGGGGUGGGGGGUGUAAUCCAUUCUCUCUUGCCUUUCCUAAAAACUUAGACAUUUCCAUUUCUAAGUUCCAAAAUAACCACCAUCUGCUCGGUAGAAGUUUGGUUCCAAGAGAUCACCAGAAACACAGACCUGUUGCCUGAUCCUAAAUGUAUCUACUUGCAAGUAAGACACACAGAGUUCAGUGGAACUGACUUUACAGUAAGCAUACUUAGGACAGCAGCCUUCAUAUCUAACUAAGGGUGAGGGUGAAGGUUGAGGCCACAUGGAGUCUUCUGUCUGGGACAUAUUGUUGAACUGUGUUUCUUGAGGAAACAAGAUAGCGUAUGAUAGGCAGCCAACUUUCUGAAGAUCCCUUUCUUUCAAAAAUGCUGUGCUGCAGAGAGAGCAUAACCUUGCCUAGCAGCCCAUGUUGCUUGCUGUGUUCUCUGUUGAAGUGGGGCCAGGCCAGCUACUUAAAAGGCCCGACUUAAAAAGCUGUAUGCCUGAUUGACUCCCAGAUGACUAAUGAUCAUUUGUAGGAAAGCCAUGCAAAAGCUGACACUUGAGCACUGACUGUGUCAGAGUGCAUGUGACCUAUUUUAGGAAAGACUGUGGUUGGGUGGCAAGGACCCAAAUGAACAGGCUGAGAUGGUUCGUCAGUAUCUCUCCUCAUCCACCCCAGGCAGUCAGUACAGUGCUCUGAUACAUUCACUGUUGUAAUAGAAUGUCGUAUGUUGUUGCUGUAUUGUGCUGUUGCAGUUUUGAAAGGAGUGCACCUCCAGGGGCUUCACAGUUAUAAAGUAAUACAGACAACCUCUUUAUAUCUAUUCAGCUGAACAUGUGGGUGAACAUUUUCAAUUCAUUAUUUAAAUUCACACGCAUGACUACUGUCUGUAAUAAGUAGCCAUGUGAAUUGAAGAGGGUGCCAGAUUGUCCUCCUUUUAAAAGUUUUUUUAAAAAUAAUUUUUAGAAGACAUUUUAAACCUGUUGUUCAUCAUCCUUAUUCCAAAAAGGAAUAUUUGUAUAGGAAUAAGAAUUUGGAGUGUAUUUCAACCCUGAAAUUUAGGUUUUUUUGUGUAUACAGUAAAUGUUUGUAUUUCACAGUUUAUCUGUUUUGCUUUUUAGAUAAAGAAAAUGUAUAUUGAUAUUUUAAAGUCAUUUUUUUGCUUUUUUAGAUGAGUUUGUAAUCAUCACAAACAGAAAAAUAAAACAUUUCCUUUAUAAAGCAAACAAAA